AAUGAUCAAGGAGGCAAGUUUAUUCCACUGAACAUAAUUAAAAUAUUUCCCGUUACGGUCUAGGUAGUUUGGUAACUGCAGUGUCUUGAUUUGAUGUCAUAAUCAACUGAACCUAAUCACCGCCGGAGGAAACUGCAAAAAUAUAAACGCGCCAACUGUGUGUUGUUGUUUAACGUGCCUUCCUUCUUUCCUCCUACGAACCCACAACACUCAACCCACCUGCCACUUUUUCAUCUUCCACCUUCCACCUUCUGCCUUCUUUUGCCUGACCGCUUUCCAAAGUACAAACACGUGAGAACAUUUCUCAUUCUUGCCUGUUUACCUUUUUUUCUUCCUCCACCCUUCCUCACUUCUCAAUCCUUCACCAAUACAUACACAUCACCUUCUCUGCAUCAACAUCUAUCGACUACUGUACACUCCGACGCCUUCGGCAAAUAUUCUUCGUCGAUAACCAAACAGAUCUUUAGAUCAUUACUAGCAUACUUCAAGUAUCCUAGACCAAGCCACCACGAUGCAGUACUCUAAGACUCUCGUCACUAUGGCCAUGCUUGCCAUCGGCGCUGUCACCGCUGAGGCUGACCUUGCCAAGAAGGGCGAGUCUACUUGCUCUUGCAGCGCUGUCACCACUACGGUUACUGUUCCCCCCGGCACUGCCAGCCACUCGACCACUCCCACUGAGGGUUAUCCUACCGGUGUUACCUCGUCUACCACUCUCAACACCGCUACUCCCUCGUCCUCUGCGACUGGCACUGUUGUCUCCACCCCCAUCGUCGGUUCUACCACUGAGACUCUUUCCAUUGCCACUACCCUCAGUGGUUCCAGCGCUUCCGUCUCUGUCUCUGAGAGCACCGCCACCGAGUCUACCGCUACCCACAGCGUCAGCUCCACUGAGACUCAUGCCUCUCACACUGCCAGCGAGUCUCACUCUGGAACUCAGACCAGUCCCAGUCCCUCUGAGACCAGCGCUCCUCCCACUUCCGCUGGUUCCGUCUCCGCUGGUGUUCUCGGCAUGAAGGGUGUUAUCGCCGGAGCCAUGGUCGCCGCUCUCGUUUACAACAUCUAAGUUUACGAAAGAGGACUCUCACCGGUGUAUCGUUGCAUGAGGAAAGGAUGGCCUUAGCAUAUGGACCCACAUUCGAUUCGUUGGUAUUGAUUUUUGCAUGCACAUGGGGAUGGUGCCGUUUUAAUGAUGAAUGAAGAUGUACUUUAGGGGCCUGCUUUGCCGUUGCAUAUCACUGCCAUCAUGGUCACGAACAGGGGAACAGUACAUGGAAAGAUGCCCGGAAUUUGGCACAACGAAAGGAAAAGGGGAUUUCAUCAGUAUUGGCUUUGAGGUUUCUCAUAGGACAGGAACAUUUUACUCGAGCAAUAGCUGCUAAUUAAUAUCGACUGAAUGCUGAUUUAUGAUUAAUUGUUCUUC